AUGUCGGAAUUCCAAGAGUACCUUGGAAGUGUACUUACAAAUUGCAAUAGGAGAGACCCUGAACAGGUGAAGCUAGGAUUAUCCGAAUUAGACCAACUAUUAACAAAGCUUUGCGUUCUCAAAUAUGAUGAAUUGACUCAUGAGCCCAGCGCAGUGAGAAGAACCAAUAGUCCAUCAUCUAUUAUUGGGCGAAAGGCAACAUCAUGUGAGAGUGGUUUUACACGCGGUUUAGAGAGCCAAUAUCAAAGGAGGUGGAAACUGCCGAAAGUAGGCGAUGUGGUAUUCGGAGAAUUCUUGAUUUUACAAGACAAAAUACAGUAUAACGUGGUGUCACAGCUCAUUCAAAUCAUUCCGUUUGUUAGUACUUUCGAGGAAAAUGAGUCACUAAGAGUGCUUUUCAGAAUCUUGCAAGGUUGCUUUCUACUUCAUCCUUCAUCUCGCAAUCUAAUGACAUACGAAUCCAAAAUGUGUGUUCUACUGGAAUUUCUCAGCCCAAAAUAUAGCCCCAAGGUAAUCGAAGCUCUUAUUCCUGUUCUUGUGAGUUCUCUUGUUCGAAAUGUUCCAAAUCUUAGAAUAUUUGAGCGAUUGGGAGGUCCUCAGUAUUUGUGUGAACUACUAACACACAGGUCCGACGAUUCAACUUUGGUCCACGAAUGGAAAGAAGUACAAGUCAAAGUGCUUGAAUUUUUGUUUUUCUAUCUGAUCCCAGAGUCUCAAAACACGGAGGCAACCUCCUCGUCUAAGCGUCCAGUCGCGUCUAAACACGAAAAGCUGAGUAAUGCAAAAAAUUAUGAUGAUGGCCACCGAAGAAAAGGCACAAAUGAGAAGGCUACAAUACUUAAUAGAUAUCUGAAUGGGGGAAUUACUAAAGGUUUAGUGGCCGAAUUGCAGACUAGCAAGCCAUUUGGUGAGAUGAACAUAGAAUGGUGA